CUGUUUGCUACUCUCCUGUGUUGCUUGGAUAUGAAGCAGCUGUACUUUGUAGUCUUUAUGCAUAUGCGACUUCCCUAAUCAUGAAUCCUCAUUUUGUGUCCUCUACUUAGAGCUAGCCCAUGCAACUGACCAUGCAUAAGUUGGAAUUGGCUUGCAGCAAGAUCAGAAGCUCAGUUAGAUAAUCGAUCCAGCCAAGCAGUCCCAUGUCAUGUGCCCACCUACAUACGUUCCCGUUCUCCCCAUGCCCGCCACCGCCAAGCUCCCACCCGCGCUCUCCAAAUUCUACGACUCGAUGCCCGACGCGCCCGGAGUCGACGUCGCCCAGAUACGAGGCAACGCCCCACCCAGCGCCAAACGCGUCAACGCCAAUCUGCUCGCGUACUUCACCAGCGGGAGCGGGCCCGGGUCGAAGAUCGACGCGCCAUUCGCGAAGGCGGUGGGCGGCCAGCUGCGGCUCGCCCAGGUGGAUGUGUUCCGGGACGUGUUCGAGGACGGGGAGAACGUCAGGUGCAGAGUCGUCGUGGAAGUCGAGGUGUCGGAGAACAUGUGCAAUCUAUAUGGGACGAUGCAUGGCGGUUGCGCUGCAUACGUUGUUGACAAUGUGACGUUGUCUGCGACUAUCGGCCUCGGGCUCUCCCAGGACUUUGAUGGCACAGGCGUCUCUCAGUCGAUGAACAUCCGGUGGUUCGCCCCCGCUCAUCUAGGCUCGGCGAUACAGAUCACGGCCGAGGCAGUUUACGCGGAUAAACGACUGCGUCUGGCGCAGGCAGAGAUCCGCAACAAACUGACGGGACAGCUGUUGGUCUCUGGUGAUCACGCAUUACUGAAUGCUGGUCCAUCUUCCAAGCUAUGAACUGUUCUGGGUCGGUGCUGAUGAAUCUGAGAUACAAUGUGCUCCAAUACGGACUCAAUACAACUCUCGUUGCACCAGCCACUAACCUGUCCUCGUCAUGGCAGCCGGUUGCCCGAUGGCGUGCGCUCUUGAUCCGCCCACAAUUUUCCAGCACGCCUCGAGUCGACAACACCGGUUGGACUCAUGUGCAGGAACAGGAACCGAAGCGGCCACUCGUUCUCCGGCACGAUCACAUCGAAGCAUCCACGUAGAUCACAUCCUGCAUUGUGCCCGAAGGGCCAGAGUCGCUUAGCGAGGUGCCGUGUUCCAAUUGCCGAGGCAUAGCUACCUUCGCGUGCUGCGGGAAGGUCGUCAGGGCUCGACACGCAGCGUACUGGCCAGCGAGAAAGAAAAGUUGACCAGGGCGACUGGAUUUUUGCGGGACGGGGAGACGGACGUAUAAGGGCCGGCCGCGCGAAAACAAUUGGGAAGGAGGCGUCGACCUCAGUGACCACUGCAACCCCCAUAAGUUGCGAGUGGGAAGUUCCUAAUGUGCGCCGACUUGAACGCUAUUAGGCCGGCAUGCUAUUCCAGCCAGAACGUUUGCUUCGGUCUGCCACUCUAUUGCAAGAACAGCUGAAUUGCAUCCCGAUUCCCAUACGGCCAGAAAUCUGCGCUAGACCUUGGACAACUCUCGAUCCUCCGCAUCGUCGUCUGCUGAACUGCAGUAGGCAUGCCGACUA